CGGAGCUUCAAAGAUCGAAUUAUGGUCAUUGGUGCUCUACGUUCAGUGCAGAACAAUCCAGCCAAUGUCCUGGAGAAAGGGAGCAAACGGAUCGACAGAGAACCGACAUCCCAUGUGCGACACCAUGACUCAGAGGGACAGCCAACGUUGCCCCUGGAUAAAAGCAGUGAGAUUAAUAAGACUUACAUCGUGUCAGCUAGUAAAAGAACACGAGGACCUCCAAUACCAUCCAAAUCUGAGUGUAGAUUAACCCUGCAGAGAAGAAAAACUGUUGAUAGAGGAAAUCCUAGUGUUCAUGAUGAUGUUAAUAGAAAUGCUGAUUCAAGUGAAGGAGAAAGAAGACUGGCGUUGCAACGCCGUACCAAGGGAGGUAACUCAGAAAGAGGAAUUGGUAUUUUAAAAGAAAAUGCACAUAGCCUGACGCAAAAUAUCACAAUCCAGGCAACAAGUAACCUUUCACAAACCAAUGGCACCAAUUCCACAGGUUUUAUAUCUUCCAGUCUUUCAUUAAUACAAAAUGUUGGAAAUGCCAGAAGCAACCUUUCUGCAACUGCAAAGCCAACUUCAAUUGGCAGGAAAAAGGAAAAUCCAGUAACUACUUCCUAUCGGCCAAAUUCAGUCAUGACUAUUAACAAAGUGCAAACCCUAAGCAAUCCAUCAAUAAUGCCUGUUAAAAGGAUGGUAUCUGGUAAAUCUGAUGACCACCAAGAAAAGGCAGAGGCAAUACCUUUCAAAAUGCCCUCCAAACAGAACUUAGAUAGAAAUGAAAUGUUAAAAACAGAUGAAAACAAAAUAACGAAGCCUGUUAAUCAGCAGGAAACUAAAAAUCAAAGUAAUUUUGUUAAAUCGAUGGCCAGAGACUUCCAAAAGAAACAACCGACAAUGGAAUCUGGGAUUAAUAACUUAAAAUAUUCUACAAAUGCAGUCGCAAAUUAUGGAGGUGAAAAACUACCAAGAAGUGGAAUGGUUACAAGAGGAACUCUGCGGCUAGCGGAGAUAUCAUCACCGAGCCUAUGUGCUGGGAAUGAAUGUUUAAAUGGAGUAGACAGUGCUGUCACCGUGGCUGUUCGAGUGAGACCUUUCAGCAAGAGGGAAGAAACUGAAAACGCACAGCAAAUAAUUUUCAUGAGAGGACAAGACACAAUUGUGCAACAUCCAGAAACAAAUCGCACUUACUCUUUUACUUAUGAUUUUUCCUUUUGGUCAUUUGAUGAGUUGCAUCCCGAAUUUUCAAACCAGGAAACUGUAUAUAAGAACAUAGGAUUCCCACUGCUAGAAAAAGCCUUUGAGGGAUACAACACCUGUCUGUUUGCAUAUGGUCAGACUGGUUCUGGAAAAUCAUACACGAUGAUGGGCUUCAGUGAUGAGGGGAUCAUUCCCAGGUUCUGUGAACAGUUAUUUACUAAAAUAGCAAAGCCUGAAUUGCAACAGAUCACAUACCAUAUUGAAAUGAGCUUUUUUGAAGUCUACAAUGAGAAAAUUCAUGACUUAUUGGUUGUUGGAAAUGGAAAGAUGCAAGCAAAGCAAUCUCUCCGAGUAAGGGAACAUCCAAUCUUUGGGCCCUACGUCGCUGAUCUUUCAUUGAAUGUUGUUACCUCUUAUGCAGAUAUCCAGGGUUGGCUGGAGCUAGGGAACAAGCAGAGAGCUACUGCAGCCACAGGCAUGAAUGAAAAGAGUUCCCGGUCUCACUCGGUUUUCACACUCAUUAUGACCCAGACCAAGACAGAAUUUGUUGAAGAGGAGGAACAUGAACACUGUGUGAUGAGCAAAAUAAAUCUAGUGGAUCUUGCAGGAAGUGAACGUUGUUUUACAUCUCAGACCAGUGGUGAUAGACUAAAGGAGGGUGUAAGCAUAAAUAAAUCACUCUUCACCUUGGGAAAGGUUAUAUCGGCACUUUCAGAAUAUUUUCAGGCUAAGAAGAAAGUUUUUAUCCCUUACAGGGAGUCAGUGCUAACAUGGUUACUGAAAGACAGCCUGGGUGGCAAUUCAAAAACGGCUAUGAUAGCGACCAUCAGCCCAUCUGCUUCUAAUGUCGAAGAGACUCUUAGUACGCUUAGAUAUGCCAAACAGGCUCGUCAGAUUAUCAACGUUGCAAAAGUGAAUGAGGAUUCGAGUGCAAAAUUGAUUAGAGAUCUGAAAAUAGAAAUUGAGAAGUUGAAAGCUGCCCAGAUGAGUAGCCAAGGAAUUCAGUCGGAGAGGUAUAAAGCAUCCCAAAAGGAAAUAAAAGCUCUGAAAUUGAAGCUGAAUCAACAGGAGAAGGAGAUGGCCGAAGCACAAAGGAGAUGGAGAGAGAGGUUGGACGAAGCAGAAAAGAGAAAACUUGAGGAAGCAAGAGAACUACAGAAAGCUGGAAUCACUUUUAAAGUGGAUAACAGUUUGCCAAAUCUUGUGAAUCUCAAUGAAGAUCCCCAGAUUUCAGAGAUGCUCCUGUACAUGAUAAAGGAAGGUCAGACAAGAGUGGGAAAGCAAAGACCAAACUCAAAGCAUGAUAUCCAGCUAUCUGGUGCACUCAUUGCUGAUGAUCAUUGUGUCAUACAAAGCCUAAAUGGUACUGUUAGUAUUGCUCCAAUUGGAGAAGCAAAUACUUAUGUCAAUGGAAACCUUAUAGCAGAAUCGAUAGUGCUACAUCAUGGGGACAGGGUGAUUAUGGGUGGUGAUCACUACUUCAAAUUUAACCAUCCUCUGGAGGUUCAGAGUGGACGAGCAUCUUCUGGGAGUGCACUGUUUGGAGAUGGUCCCAAAGAUUUUGAGUUUGCAAAAAAUGAACUUUUGCAAGCUCAACACGCAAGACUAGAAGUUGAAAUUGAAGAAGCACGAUUACAAGCCAAAAAAGAAAUGAUGCAGGGUAUUCAAGUUGCAAAGGAAAUGGCUCAGAAGGAGUUAUCUAGUCAAAAAUCACUCUAUGAGAACAAAAUAAAAGUGCUGGAAAAGGAAUUGAUGAAGGAAAGCCAAAAAAAUAUACAAAUUGAGGAGCUGCAGAAUGUAAGAAAGCAGCUUAAACAAGAGAUGCAAGUAAAUAGGCAACUUGAACAAAUGGUGGCAGUGAAUAGGAAGCGUCUGGAGCUGGAAGCCUUAGCCACCAGACAGGCUCUUGAAGAUCAUAAUAUACGCCAUGUAAAGUUUCUUGAUGCUCUGGAGGCAGAGAAGAGAAAGAUGACAAAAGAUUUGGAAAGAAUGCAGGAAGAACGAAGAAAGAGACAGGAGACUCAAAAUAGUGCUUCGUGUAAAGAUAAUUCAUACUGGAGGUCCAUGAAACUUUCAAUGAUGAUCCAGGAAGCUAACACCAUUAGCAUCAAUCUGAGAAAGCACACCGUCUUCUGUAGGCAUGAAGAAUCUAAUAAUGAAAAUAAAAACAUCCAAACUCCUGCUCGGGUGCAGGUUAAAAAUACUAAACUGGGCAUAAGCACGUUCUGGAGUCUCGAAAAAUUUGAAUGCAAGUUGAUAGCUAUGAGGGAACUUUAUCAGCAGGGUGAUACACACCCUGGAGAUGACGAUCUUUUUUAUGACCCAAAUGAUGACUGGGAAACUGAUGUAACCUCCUCUUCCACUUUCUCUAGAAGGCGAAGCAGAAGCUUUUUCAAAAGCAAACGAAUGUCUGGAUGUUUAGCCGGAAUCCAAGCUUUAACCAUUCAGAAUCUGAAAUCUGCACAUCCAACAGAUUUGCUGAACAUUUCUCAGAGUAUAAUAGCAGGAUCAGAGUCGACACUGCCCACUGUUUGUAAGGAACUCUUAGGUGAAGCUGUUGCUUUUCUAGGAAGAAGUAAUUUAUCACAGGAGAACAUUCCAGUAAGACUUAGCACUGACCUUCUAACAAUUCACAAAUGGACGAUGGAAAUCUCUCAAUCCUACGAACAGCUAGAUGAAGAAAGUCAACAAAGCUUGUUCACCAACAAUCGAGCCAUGCAGUCUUAUUGUGUCAGAGCCACAUCUGUUUUUGAAAGGGUCACAAUUCUGCUGAAGUUAUGGAUUGACACUGUCCCAGAAAACGAUUCCCUUGGGAUCAUUGAGGAUGAACUGCUUGGGGAAGUUAGAACAUUGGGUAGAAACUUACAAUUAUUAUUGCAAGGCUGUGAUUCAGACAUUUCUUCUAUGGUAAUGGAGGCUCAGGACAAAAUAAGCCAAACAAUUAGAAGGCUUGUAAAGCACAUAGGUCAUUUGGCAGCUUUCAUGAGUAUGGAGCUGCAUUUUGACGAAGAGAACAUAGAUGAUUCACCCAGUUACAAGAGGAGUAUAAUGGCCUGCCUUUUUGAAGGAGUAAAAUCUGGAAUGGAGAGUCUCUUGGAUACUGGUUUAAAAAAAAUCAAGGAACAUCAGAAGUUGUUGCAAAGACCAUCUUCAAAGUUGGAGGUAUUUCAGAGAUUAAAGAAGUGGAACAUGGCAUUGUCGGUGUCAUUACAAAACUAUCUUGUGGAACUUAAAAAGAAGAUGGGUACUCCAAUCAAGCAAUGUCCAACCUGGCACCCAAGGUCCAUCAAGAACUUGAGCAAUGUUGGUGCGGAAUUGGUGGAGUUUAAUGAAAGUUAUUACAAGAUGUACCAAAUGAUGACUGCUGUGUUGAGAGGUGAAAAUGCAGUUGAUGACCAGCUUAAGAAGUGCAUAGAAAUGGUUUGUUCAUCAGCAAUGAAUGUGGCUGGUAGAUUUAAUAUGCUAUGGAAUCCCUCACUCGAUGAAGUGAAUGCGUCUUCCAUCAGAGAAAGCAGUGCAGACAAGAAAGUACCUCAAUUAUUGAUCAGUGAAGUAGAGUUGGCUGCCAGCUCACUCCUUGAUUUAGUUGAAUUUCUCCAGAAUGAGAAAGCAAAUUCUAGUUGUACUGAAAGCAAUGAAAAAAUCAAGGCUUCCGCAGAUGCUGACUCUGGUACAUUGUAUGACAGAGGAGUUAAGAAAACUGUAUAUGCACUCCAAGGAGCAGCUUCAACUUCAGAGAAACCUACACAUGUUGUACAAUGGGUUUGAUAGAUUCUUGCAAAAUUAUAUUUUAAAAAUGUCAAAGUUUGCUUCACUGUAAAUUAAAAUUGUUUGUUUUUUUUUCCAUUAAUCUCCAAUUUUUGUAUGCUCUCUGGGUACUAUAUUUACAACAGAGAAAAGAAUAUAUUUACUUUUCCUGCAAACCUCUAACUAAAAACACUGGUAGAUAAUAUAUUCGAAGUACUUUAGUGGUAUUCUUCAGCUGGCAAGAAGGCUUUGAAAGUGACCCGAGGUAAUAGUGUAAAUUGUAUGGAACUGUAGAUCUACUCCUUGGUGCUUCCACUUGUUUAGGUGGUUACCAUUGAUAGUGUGCUCUGUAGAGGGAGAUCUGCAUUAUUUGGGUCUGGGUCAGUGCUCUGAUGGUCUUGGUCACGUACCACACGAUCACAAACCUUUGAAGGAAGGAAAAAGGCUUUCUUUUGAUCUAUGGUGAUAAGGGUUUGGAAAAGUUCUAAACACCAUAUAACUUGCUGGAUAGCAAUGAAAGAUUAAGUUCCUGCUUUUCCUGAUCAUUAUUUACUUGCAAAUUUAGGUUUAACAUUGACUUUCAAGCUCAUACCUACUUCUCCCAAACUAAAAUUAGAAGCACAAAAACUCAAUAAAUGGUGCAAUAGAAUUAGAGUUUACUGAAUCAGUAUGUCUUCCAACAGCUUUGAGUAUUGAAAGCUCAUAACAUGGUCAUCUGAGAUUUCUACAGAGCUGACACUAUUAAUCUAGACAGACACACCCGUUAUCGUUUGUGUUUUCUAUCUUGGUACCAAAAAUUUUUUAAAAACCUGUUGUUAAUGAUAUGCGAUGAUCUUCCUUAUCAUUUUUUCCACAAUCCCACUCUACUUCUUGAAUUAAAAAUAAUAUCAAUGACACCGUGGGUUUGCAUGCGGAACACUUGUUACAACUCAGUGUCAUGAAUAAUAGGUACAUGCUUUCUGUCAUAAAGUCAUUGCAUGACAUUAACCUGGUACAUGUAAAACUAUUGCCAGAGCCAACAUUGACUGUAUUAUGCAAUCUCUGAAAUAGUUAAUACAGCAAAUUAGAAUAUGUGUGUUAGUGCGGUUGUGUUGUGGACCAAGUUGCAUUUUUCAAAGUGAAGUUAAAGAAAAUCUACUCUGGGCUGGCAACUCCAGAGUCUUUAAGACUGUAAAUGAGUGUCAAAAUAUAACACAUCUGGGCAUUAAUAUUCUUCCUCUUGGUAAACAGGAAAUGCAUCCUAUUUAUAAUGUUGUGUUUUGUAUAAUUUUUGAAGUCGAAAGAAAGCACAAUGUUAUGAGAAUGGAGUUGAUGAACUUAAACUGGCUACGCUGUUCAUAUUUUCUGCUGUGUGGGCUUUGAAUAAAAGAAAGUCCAUGUAGUUAGACAAUACUAUGCAAGCAUUACAGGGUCCUGCAAUUAAACAAUAUGUCAGUCUUGAAAUGAUAAAAGCAAAUCAGAUAAGUUGCAAAGCAAGACUUUUUACAGCAAUUAGGACAAGGUUUUAUAUAUUGGCACCAAAACACAUGCAUUUUGACUUUACAGAUCUGUAUUCAAAAAGUGCCUUAUUUCUUAUGAUCAUGUCAUUCUAAGUACAGGGAAAUCCAUCAACAUUACUAAUAAAGUAUUAUUUUGAUCCUAAUGUUGAGAUUCCUUUUUAAAAUUAUUUUGUCUUUUAUCAAUUUAACAAACCAUGCAUGAGCGAAAUGUUUGAUAUUAAAUAUUAUUCCAAGAUACUUCACAUUGUUUCAUAGAUUAAUAUGCUUUCUGUAUCCUGAGUAAUAAGUAAUGGCACUUGUGCAGAAAUGGUAACUAGCAUUCAGACAAUUCUUCCUCCUUUUACCCAUCCCUAUGAAGAAGGGAUGGAUAAACAGCAGAACAGAUGUCAUGAAAAUCAUUACACAUCCAGUCGUCAGCUGCAGAAUGGCAUUUAUGGCAGCCAGGCAUUGACUGCAUUUUUUA